CCUUCAUCUAGUUCAGUGAGCCGCAGCUGGCAAAAAUUAAUAAAUGCCAGGGUUACACACGGAACAGAACCCUCUUGAAGUUGGCGGCGGUUUUGACAAGAAGCCACUUUCUUAGGGGAGGAGAAAUGCUACUUCUUGCUCGAGCGCUCUCUCUACAGGCCAGCUUCGUUAUGAGGUGCAAAGAUGCUGACACAUAUGUACAGAUACACAGCCAACUCAGACCCACUUCAGAGAUUCGGUGGUCGUGGUACCAAGCAGAAGCUGGUGGUGCCUGUGCGGAAGAAGCCUUCAUUCUUCACUGCAAGAAAAACCAAGAAUAUUUUCUGGGGUAUUGAAGUACCUGAGAGUCUCACCUGGCAAGGAUGGUGUCUAGGAAAAGAAUUCACAAAACACCUCAUUUUGAGAAAUGUGUGUUUGAAACCCCAGAAGUUGAAGUUCAGGCCUCCAACAACUCGUUUCUUCAAUACUGUUUUCCCACAGCCAAUUAUUCUGAGUCCUGGGAUGUCCAUAACUUUGCCCAUCAUCUUCUGCCCUUUGGAAAAGAAAGAGUAUGAAGACAGCAUUCUUUUUGAAAAGGCAGAAGGAGAGUUUUCUGUUGCUCUGGUAGCCAAGCUACCGCACCUUGAUUUGCUUUUCCAAGAGAGUAUUCAGGUUCCUGCAUGUGCUGUCUAUGACUCUACAGAGGCCUCCUUUACCAUGUACAAUGAUGGGGAACUACUGACAUGCUUUAGUUGGGAGGUGCCACCUUCUUUCUGCAUUCUUCCUUCUCGUGGCUUGUUGGAUCCAGGCGAAGAGUGCACAAUGAAAGUGAUAUUUCAACCUGAGAUGGCUCAAGUGCACAACAUAUCGGCAAUAUGCAGUUUUGGAGAUACUCCGGAGCAAAAGGCCAUCCAGCUGAAAGCUGUUGCUAAAUAUCCCCACCUGCUGGUGAAUGUGCCAGGAGACUCGUGUGAAGAUGCCAGGCUUAGAAACUUCCGGGAUGUGCUCAGCUUUGGCGCUGUGGCUGCUGGCAGCACUGUAGAAAAAUAUGUGGAUGUCUUCAAUGUGUCUGUGGUCAGUGCCCCAUUCAGGAUUGAGAGAGCAAAGGAAGUAGUGCUUCGUGAUCGUGUUUUUUCUUGUGACUCCACCCAAAACAUUGCUCCAGCUCGUGGGAAGGCGGUCAUCCCUGUGAGGUUCAGUCCACACACCGUGGGUGUAAAGAGUGUGGACUACUUCACUGUUCUGCCUGCUGGGAGCCACACCCAUUCUGUGCUGAAGGUGACAGGGUCAUGCAAAGGUCCCGAGGUUUCCUUUCAGCACCCCGUUGUCUACUUUAGCUGCAUUAACCUUGGAGAGUACUUAGUUCAGCCCCUAGAGAUGACCAAUAACUCUGAUGUUCCAGCCUACUAUCAAUUUAACAUUGACUGCAAACAAAGUAUCUUUUCCUUUGACUGUCCUGUUGGGAUCUUGGAUGGGAUGUCCACUAUCACACUGAAGGUCACCUUCCAACCCACCUACCCAAUAAUUUUCUACCGGCGAGUGGUUUGCCUAGUUCAUCAUCAGGGUCCAUUAUUCAUAGAUUUGAUUGGGACCUGCCACUCGGAAACAAUGAACCCAAACAUUCUGAGAUUGAGCGACAUUACCAGGUACAAGACACACAUGGCCAGAGGACUGACCUUUUUCCCACCGGACAUCCUGGGCACUAUGUUGAAGGAGGGCAAACUGUUGGUGGAUGAAACCGGAGCUCUCACACUCCCACCGGAGAUGCUGGAGGAUAAGCCUCCUGAAGAGUACCCUGCCCUUGAGCCCAUGGUUGAAUAUUUCCAUGACGGUGUAAGCAGUGACCUCACGGUGUUUCCUCCCCACGUUAGCCUUAGCAUCAAGGAGUAUGAUUUUGGCUGUUGUGCAAAGCUUCAAGAGGUACAACCACUCCCUUUCUGCGUGACCAAUCACACAAAGGGGAAAAUCACGGUUAUAUGGACAAACAAGCCACAUAGUCCUUUUCAAGUGAUCCCAGAAAUUUGCGACAUCCCACCUCUGAAGACUAUGGCUUACCAUGUCACCUUCAAGCCUUCUUUGCUCAAUUCCAUGUAUGCAGCUGAACUGGAGGGCUUUGCCUUCUAUAAGGUGCUGCGGAACUUCAACAACAUUGAGGAGCCCAUCACCAUGUGCCCAUCCUGGGACUUAGCCAUCUCUUUGCGCGGACACACUUUUCAACCUGGGCGGCAGCACUUUAUCCCAAAGUAUGACUUGGACUGCCACAAGGUCUUCCCUCCGGUGAGCCCAAACAUCACCACCUAUCGCAGCAUGCUGCUCUCCAACGUGGGUACCACUGCCAUAAGCUUCAGCCUAAGCCGGGAGAAGUGUCCUUCCAUCCUAGUGAAGCCCAACUGUGGGUAUAUUGCACCUGGAGCUCACCAGAUCAUUCUCCUCUCAACUUGCCCAGUGGAAACAUCUAUACAGCAGCACAUCUUGUCCAUGCAUUUCAAUUUCUGGCCCUCCUUCACCCAGGAGCUCCACCUUCAGAGCAGCGCUGAGCCCCUGGUCUUACUAUUAGAAGGUGAUGGCAGCCUGUACUUCAAACCCACAUAUGUGGGCAGCUCCUCCUCACGCACCUUCACUAUCAAGAACUGCACCCGGUUACCCAUGCUCUUCAGGUGGAAAAUCCAACAGUCAGACAAAAACCUUUUAUCUGUACAGCCUGCUGAAGGGACUAUAUUGCCCAAUGAAGCUUUGGCUCAGACAUGGACCUUCACUCCCAGUGAGCAGAUCAAAUACCUUCUGCGGAGUUGGGUGAUAGUGUGGAGAGAGCAAGAGAUUCUGGAAGGCCAUACCCCAAAGACUGCCCGCUAUAUCCUGCGGGUUAUCGGUGAAGGAUCACAGAGCACUUUAACAGGACAAAAAGAGCAGGUAGAAGUUGGCAACAUCCUGGUUGGCAGUACACAGUCAUGUGAAUUUGCCUUCUUUAACAACGGAGCCUGCUGCUUAAAAUACAUCCUUAGUGUGGAGCAGUUGAUCACUGGACCAUGUGACCCUGAAGAAGUUGCCAGUGACUCCUUAGCAAUAGAACUUGACCACUACAAAGGGACAAUUCCUGCUCGGGGAAAGAUCUUUGUACGCGGGAUUAUUAGGCCGACCCGCCAAUUGCGCUACAUCUGGACAAUCUAUUAUGCCAUUUCCACUCCCAAAGCCGCGAAUCCUCUUGGGGAAAAGCAGCUGCUGUGCCAGGUGACAGCAACAGGUGUCUAUCCAUCCAUCUGCAUCACGGAUGCCUGUGGGACAGGAAGUGCCAGUGGCAUCAGUAAGCUGUUUCUCUGGCGGCUUUUCUCUUUGGAGAGACUGAACCAGUAUCUGGAGCUAGAUCCAACACCACAGGAGCUCACCUUCAGGGUGCCUACCAGGCAUAGCACACGGCCAAUCCCUCCGGUUUACACUCCUGUCAUGCUGGAUUUCAACUUUGGUGCAGCUCCUGUCAGAAGUGUGCCCUCAGUAGUUGUGCUGAUGCUACAAAACAAUGGGGGGAUACCCGUGAACUGGGCCUUUCUGUUUCCUUCUGACCAGAGGAUUGAAAUGGAAUACUGGGCAGAAAGCACAGAGUUUGACCCCAGCGAGCUGCAUCAGAUGCGGAUCCAGGAUAACCAGCUUUUUGCCAUUUCCCCCAAGGCAGGAAAGCUGCUUCCAGGGCAAGAGCAAACCAUACACUUAUCCUACAGACAUGAUUUCAUUGGCACUGAUCGGCUUCCAGUCCUGCUGAAGAUCUCCCAUGGCCGAGAAAUUCUGCUGAACUUUAUUGGUGUGACACUGCAAAUGGAGCGCCGAUACAUUCACUUCACUUCAACCAAGCAUAUGUUCACGCCCAUUGCUAUUGGCACCUAUGAGCCUCCUAAACAGAUCUAUGAACUGUACAAUGGAGGUGCCACAACUGCAGUGUAUGAAAUCCAAGUGGAUGCUCUGAUGAAAGUACAGGAAGAGAAUUACCACCAUGAGGUGUUUGUCUGCCUGAAUCCAAGAGGAGAGAUUGGUCCAGGCUUGACAGCACACACGGAAUGGAUCUUUUCACCACUGGAAGCCAAAAUGUACUCGGUAGAGGUACCUAUCCACAUCCUUGAAGGGGACUGUGCUCUGAUUACCUUCCAAGGCAUAGGCUUCGAUCCACACGUUAUGAGUGACACAGCACAAUUCGACAAAGUGGUUUGUGCUGCGACAGCACCAGGUUCUGCCAAAUUAGCAGUGCCUGGUCUGACGGUGUACUUAUCUCAUCCCCGGAUUUGUUUUGGCAACAUCCCAGUCUACAGUAAAUGCAGCCGACUCUUUUUUCUCAACAAUGCCUCCGAGAAUGAGGCCAUUGUUUUUUCUUGGCACACUGGGACUUCCAAUUCCAUGGUGGUAAUGAACAUUAUUCCAGAGACUGGAGUUGUGCAGGCUGGGGAGAGCAUCUCAUUUGUUCUCACACUGUAUGCUGGUGAAAAUCCAUGCUUCUACAACAUAGAUUUGAUAUGUGAGAUCUUUACCCAGCGCCCACUCGAUCAGUAUGAGAAAGAGCUGCAAGAAUGGGAAGCUGAGAAGGCACGCCAGGCUGUGGAGUUCACCAUCACAGAGAAAGACCUGGAUACACAGAAGAACCCAAAACAGUCUCCAGUGGGGGCUUCAAACUUGGGGUCAGCAAAGCUUUCUGCCACACAUUCAGUGAUCCGGAAAUACAAGACUCUUCCACCCAUUAGGAACAUCCAUGUGCCUAACCCUCCUGCCAGCCGCAGCCAGAGGAAGCUCACGAGGAACAAAGAUGCCAGCAGGUUGUGGGUGAAGCCAGAGCCCCCCAAGCCCUGCCUCAUGCACCUGGGGGUUACCGCCAGGUCACACUCAACUGAUGACUACCUGGUCAACUUCCCUAAUGACCUGCCCCAGCACUUCCUUUUCCGCCAACUUAAGAAGACGACAAUCAGAAGGAAUACUGUGAGCAGGAGUAGGAGCAAGAGUGGAUCUCCAAGUAUGAUGGCGUUAGCAAGCUGUACGGAACAGGAGGCACAGCUAGUAACAGACAUGCUGUCGACAGUGAUCAAGGGGCUGCUGGAGGAAAGCCAAUUCCAUGAAGCAGUGAUGAGAAGCCUAGCAAAGCCCACUCCCUACUUCUGCCAGUUCUGGAGUGAGGAGUCAGCCAAACAGAAGCACAGCCCAGGUGGUACCUCUACAAGACCAACUUCCCCAGAGUUUAGCCCUAGGUGUAGAGCAGAAGAUGAAGAUGCUGGAGGAGCAGUAGAGAGAUCUCCUAUAGAAACUUCAGAAGCUCAAGAGAGUCUAAGUGUCAUUAUUCGCAAGGAACAAUUCCGGGAGCAGAAGGAAACCAUUAUCAGGUUGCCAGCAUUUGCAAAUCUGACUGAGAUGGUGCUGGAAAACACCAUCAGAAACAUUCUGGUGGAGGCUAGUCGUGGGGAGGUAGUACUGACAGCACGACCCAGAAUCAUUGCACUCCCUACUGUUUUCUCCCAAAAAACUAUCAGUCCCAUUGCUCCGAUGCACAAAUCGCCUCUGCUCCACCCCACUACAGCACCACUGACCUGUGCCUCCAGAGAGAAAAGGGACUCUGAAGGACAGCGGCACAUCAUCUUGCCCCCCUAGGGGCUUGGAGAACACUGGUACCACACAAGUCCAGUAUUCACAUCUGGCUAGACCCUCUAGGAGCUAUGGUGCUACUGGAAAGCUGCCCUCUUGGAGGUGUGGGUCAAAUGAGAAAUGACUUGCAGAGAAACUUCUGUGACCCUACCCUAUUCAAUAAUAGCGCGGGAUCUUUAUCAUGCAGCCUUCAAAAUACAACUCUGGUUUGCGCCAAAGCGGAAGUGGUUCCACUUGUGCCCUGUGUGUGAGAGAUUAUUUUUUCAAAUUAAGAUGACUUUGUUUCCAUCUUGGCAAGCCUCUUGUAUUGUAAGUGUUCAACUUUCCCUCCACCAAGGGGCAGUGCAGUCUAGUUUCUCAGCGCUCCAGCCUCCGCAGAGGACAGCACUUUUCCUUGCUGCUACAAUUCCUGAAUAAUGAAAUCUGGCAACCAGAUAUGCAAGCCACAAAGCCUUUCUGAACACCAGUAACCACGAUUAAAAUAAUACAAACUUGACGGAAAGCGAACUGGGGUGGCCUGAGCCUCAGAAUGCAGCUGUUUAAGAAACAGGCUAUUUAUGGACUCUCCAUUCUGUCAUUCCUUUUUAGUUUCCAGGAGCUAGAGGUCUGCAAACCUUGAAGGUGUUUUUAAGGCUAGAUCUCCACACAAACAUUUUCAGAAUGCUAUACAUUGUCGGGCUUGGGCCACCAGCUCUGAAGUUCUGUAACAGCAGUGUGUUGCAGUUUCUAAACAUCACCAAAUAUACUCUCCUAGCAGCUUGAUUUGCAUCUUUCAAAGAUCUCUCUUAAGAGGAGUUGUGGGUCCUGUUUUUGAAUUUGCAGAGGUAUCCAUCCAAAAUGUGUUCUAACUGUAAGACGAAAUUGUUAGCAUAACCUCAACACACAUAAGCAUCUAUGAAAACUGGAACAAAGAAUUUGAAGUGGGAGAGGUAGCAUGAUCCUGUGUUCUCUGUUAAGCAGCAACCGCCAGCAAACUAACAAUAAACCAACGGGUACGCCAUUCACUGCAAUGUCUUGUGUGCAAAUGCUUUACCUCAUUAGAUAAUUAUAAACUUUUCUAUGAAUGGUGUGGACCGUAGUCUUGCCUUAUCUCUUUAGGCUAAUGUCAUGACUCAACUUGAUCAACAUUUUU